ACGGCUUCUCUUCGGUACUGAGUCUCUGAUCUCUGUAAAUUCACGGAAAAUAGAGAUAGAACAGCGGAACCAUAUCUAACUAGCGAGAACAAAACUCAAUCUGAUCCUCGAGCUAUGGCUGUUGGUGCGUGGAAGAGGCGCACGUCCUUGAUCCUUUUCGGAAUCGUUGUUCUCGGGAGCUUAUUUGCCUUUUCAAUCGCAAAGGAGGAAGCAUCCAAAUUAGGGACUGUCAUUGGAAUAGAUCUUGGAACAACUUACUCCUGUGUUGGAGUUUACAAAGAUCAGCGUGUAGAGAUCAUAGCCAAUGACCAAGGUAAUCGUAUCACACCAUCGUGGGUUGGCUUCACUGACAAUGAGAGACUAAUUGGAGAGGCAGCCAAGAACCAAGCCGCCUCCAACCCUGAGAGGACCAUUUUUGAUGUAAAGAGGCUUAUUGGAAGAAAGUUUGAAGACAAAGAAGUACAAAGGGACAUGAAACUUGUUCCUUACAAAAUUGUUAACAGGGAUGGAAAACCAUAUAUACAAGUGAAGAUCAAAGAUGGUGAAACCAAGGUUUUCAGCCCUGAGGAGAUUAGUGCCAUGAUUCUUACUAAGAUGAAGGAAACAGCUGAAGCUUACCUUGGAAAGACAAUCAAGGAUGCAGUUGUCACCGUUCCAGCAUACUUCAAUGAUGCUCAGAGGCAAGCUACUAAGGAUGCAGGCAUCAUUGCUGGAUUGAAUGUGGCUAGGAUUAUUAAUGAACCAACUGCAGCUGCCAUUGCCUAUGGAUUGGACAAGAAAGGCGGUGAAAAGAACAUUCUUGUCUUUGACCUUGGUGGUGGAACUUUUGAUGUUAGUAUCCUAACUAUUGAUAAUGGUGUGUUUGAGGUUCUUUCCACCAAUGGAGAUACUCACCUUGGAGGUGAAGAUUUUGAUCAGAGAAUCAUGGAGUAUUUCAUUAAAUUGAUCAAGAAGAAGCAUGGUAAGGACAUCAGCAAGGACAACAGGGCUCUUGGAAAACUCAGGAGGGAAUGUGAGCGGGCAAAGAGGGCUCUGAGCAGCCAGCAUCAAGUUCGUGUAGAGAUUGAAUCUCUUUUUGAUGGUAAUGACUUGUCAGAACCACUUACUCGGGCUCGUUUUGAGGAGUUGAACAACGAUUUGUUUAGAAAGACUAUGGGGCCUGUUAAGAAGGCUAUGGAGGAUGCUGGGUUACAGAAAAACCAGAUUGAUGAAAUUGUCCUGGUUGGUGGAAGUACUAGGAUUCCAAAAGUUCAACAACUUUUGAAGGAUUACUUUGAUGGUAAGGAACCAAACAAGGGUGUUAACCCUGAUGAGGCUGUUGCUUUCGGUGCAGCUGUGCAAGGUGGAAUCUUGAGUGGGGAAGGAGGUGAUGAAACCAAAGAUAUUCUUCUCCUUGAUGUGGCUCCGCUUACCCUUGGCAUUGAAACCGUUGGUGGAGUGAUGACCAAGUUGAUUCCGAGAAAUACUGUUAUCCCAACAAAAAAAUCUCAAGUUUUCACCACCUACCAAGAUCAACAGACAACUGUCACAAUUCAGGUCUUUGAAGGUGAAAGGAGUCUCACAAAGGACAACAGGUUGCUUGGAAAAUUUGAUCUAACUGGAAUAGCUCCAGCUCCUAGAGGAACACCUCAAAUCGAAGUUACAUUUGAGGUUGAUGCUAAUGGCAUCCUGAACGUUAAAGCCGAAGACAAGGCCUCUGGGCGUUCUGAGAAGAUUACCAUCACUAAUGAUAAAGGUCGGUUGAGCCAAGAAGAAAUUGAGCGGAUGGUGAGGGAGGCUGAAGAGUUUGCUGAGGAGGACAAGAAGGUAAAAGAAAGAAUUGAUGCCCGGAACAGCUUGGAGACGUAUGUUUACAACAUGAAAAACCAGAUCAACGACAAGGACAAGCUAGCAGAUAAACUGGAAUCCGAUGAGAAGGAGAAGAUUGAGACAGCAACAAAAGAGGCCCUUGAAUGGUUGGAUGACAAUCAGAACGCUGAGAAGGAUGAUUAUGUGGAAAAGCUGAAGGAAGUUGAGGCUGUGUGCAACCCAAUCAUCAGCGCUGUGUAUCAGAGAUCUGGUGGAGCCCCUGGGGGUGGAAGCAGUGAUGAUGACGAUGAUUCUCAUGAUGAGCUGUAGAUGAUGAAUGAUGAUUAUUCUUCCUCUUAUUAUUAUUUCUAGGUAUGAGAAAUUUUGUUGAUGCCUAGCUUGGAUAGGGUAAUGGUUGGAUAAUGUUGUGUAUUUUUGGUUUCUCUUCCCCACUGAAACAAUAGCAGAAGACGAGAGAUGGUGGAGAUCUUCCUGAGAAGGGACAUGAAUGAUUACUUCCAGGUUCCUUAGGGUUAAUUUUUGAAACAAAUGCUACAGACAUCUACCCAUACAGAUUGAAAUCAUGUAAUUUUGAAUACAACUUCAUCUCUCUCCAAUCCGAUUUUGUUUUCCUAAGUCA